GCGACUUUCUCUCAGCCUCUUUGAAGAAGCAAUGAGGAGAAGGGAGCCGUCGCCCUGCUGAUACCAAGACGUCUGGGAUGCAGUAACACAAGUUUGUUUUCUAGUGGGAUCAUAUUUGUAUAUUUCCAGGGAAAACAAACAAUACAUUGCGGAUUUGGCAUAUCCAUCAAUCGGAUGCAAGCAGAGCCAGGCCCAACUUAACAAUGGGCCCCAUACCCCUGUGUGUCCUGUUCCCUGUGACGGUGCUAGCUGUGGUGGUGGUUGUAGCUGCUGAGGAGAAUGCAGUCGACGACGAGUAUACCUGGCCCCACUGGAAGGUGCCUCUGGUAAGGAAAAGACGCACUGUGCCUCUCACCAGCCCAAACUUCUCAGCCCAUCGUCAGUUGGAGCUUAGUGGGACCUGUGGGAUUGAGUGUCAGCGUCGCCUCCCUGCCACCUCUCUGGACGACCUGGAGCAGUUCCUGUCCUAUGAGACGGUUUAUGAAAAUGGUACACGCACGUAUACCUCUAUUUCUGUGCAGGGCCUCAAUGAGCUGACUACCUGGUCCAGAAACAUCUCAUCUAGCUCCCGCCACAGACGAGAGGUGUAUGGCACAGAUACCCGCUUCACUAUCUCUGAUAAGCAGUUUUCCACCAAAUAUCCCUUCUCCACCUCUGUGAAGAUCUCCACAGGAUGCUCUGGGGUUCUUGUGUCACCUAAACACGUGCUGACAGCUGCCCACUGCAUCCAUGACGGGAAGGAUUAUCUAAAUGGGGUACAGAAGCUGCGUGUUGGUUUUCUGAAGGACAAGUCCAGACGAGGCAAAGGGAAAGGAGGGCGAGGGAAGGGCAAAAGGAGAAAGGGUGACAAAGGUAAAGAGGAAGUGCAGGAGAUGGAGGAGAUGGAGGAGGAUGGUGGGAAAGGAGCCCGGAAAGGAAAAGGGAAAGGUAGAAAGAGCCGGAGUCGGCGAAGUGCGGAAUCUGAGAAACCUUCAUUCAGGUGGACCAGGGUCAAGAAGAUCCAGGUGCCUAAGGGCUGGUUCAACGGUGUGUCUGAUGGACUGGCUGCGGAUUAUGACUACGCUGUUCUGGAGCUGAAGAAAGCGCCAAAAGUCAAGCACAUGAAUCUGGGUGUUAUCCCCUCACUCAAGAAGCUCCCUGCUGGCAGGAUCCACUUCUCUGGCUUUGAUGAUGACCGGCCUGGCAACCUAGUGUACCGGUUCUGCUCUGUCUCUGAGGAGUCCGAUGAUUUGUUGUACCAAUACUGCGAUGCCAAACCAGGCUCCAGCGGCUCAGGGGUCUACAUCCGCCUCAAAGAACCUGGCAAGAAGAAGUGGAAGAGGAAGAUCAUUGGGGUUUUCUCUGGUCACCAGUGGGUGGACGUAAACGGGAAUGGGAUGCAGCAGGAUUACAACGUGGCGGUGAGGAUAACACCUCUUAAAUAUGCCCAGAUCUGCUUCUGGGUCCAUGGGGACUCAAGUGAGUGUCAGGUAGCCUAAGACAACACAGGAUCCCCCCUUAACCACCUACCUACCUACCUGCUCCCACCCCCCACCUAUUAUCACCAACCAGGGGCCCGACGACUGCCUCUCCUCUUCCUGUUACCUCCUGCUAUUCUGAUCUCCAUACACACACACACACACACACACACACACACACACACACACACAACCCACAGCCAUACAGACUCUGUGUUGACAACAGGAACUGGUCAGCACAUCAAGAGAACUGUGGCUCUCCAGCUUUUUUAAUUUAUUUGCUUAAAAACAACUGAGAAAAAAAAGUGUAUUUUAUGUAUGUGCAGAUCAUUCAGAUCUGCAAUUUUGCUUUAAAUGUUGACCUUUUUUUUUUCUUUUUUAAAGAUUUGACCAUUUUGGAUACAAUGUUGGAAAGUGUGUACAUUCAAAUGUUUGUUAUCAAAGCCCCGGUACAUUCAACUUAUAUUCCAAGUAGGAUAUGUAUGGAGAAACUUGCAUUUUAAAGUGUUCUCUCCCACUGUAACGAUGAGCGCGUGCUUUGGCCUUGACAAAAGACCCAGGAGAAAUUAAUGUAACUUUUGUUCUGCGAAUGAACUAUAUUGAGAUAACUGUUUUUAUAAACAUUUUAAUUGAA